AACGAUCAAUAACCUUAACAAGGUUCUCCGACCACUUUUUGGGCCUUCAACAAGAACGAACGGCAUAUUCCUCUCCCAUGAUUAUGAUCUCUCUGUCAUAAUUCUAUCCCGACAGUUCCUCGACCCCCGAAGCUUCAUCGAAAAACCCGUCCAAGCCCACCACUGCCAACAUCCACCAUGGGUGAUCCCAAUCCCAUGGCCGCCCUGGAGGUGGACAUGGCUCGCUUCCGCAGGGCCUCUCUUCACUCGGCAGUCCGGGACGUGGAAGAGGUGCUGGAUCUUCUUGUCCAAGCCCGAGAGCAGAUCGCAAACGCUCCCGAGUCUCAUCGUGCCAGCUUAACGAUGACCAAGCUCCAGAACCCCGUCAUGGCCGGCUUCGACACCAUCAAUAAUGAUCUCAAAGAAGUCUCCAAGGCCCAAAAGGCCUACGGCAGGGCUCUUGACAAGAACUUCCCAGAACACGAACUCCCCACCGAGCACAACAACCUACAUGAAAAAUGGGGCCUCGUUAAUCGCGCUCUCGCCCUGCACCUGCUGCGUGAGGGCCACUUCGAAGCAGCCUCCACCUUCCUCGGCGAGUACGACAACAACCUGCCUCCUCCGGGGCCUCCGACACCGGCGCCACCACCGAUUCCGACGCCAGCGUCCAAGCCAGCGUCAGCGUCACCGUCAAAUUCGGCGUCGGCGUCAGCGUCAGCGUCAGUGCCAGCGCCAGCGUCAGUGCCAGCGCCAGUGCCAGCGCCAGCGCCAGCGCCAGCGUCAGCUUCAGUAUCAGGGUCCACCUCGUCGUCGUCCAUCUCCGCCCCCCCACUGCCCCCCACUCUCGGCCUCCACCCAGAGCGGGCGCGAGAGCUAGAAGUACGGUUCAAAGACAUGUACAGGAUCCAGGGCGAGCUGAAGAGGCGCAACCUCGAGCCCGCCAUCCAAUGGGCCCGCGCCAACCACGCCGAGCUCGCGUCCCGCGGCUCCCACCUCGAGUACGAGCUCACCAAGCUCCAGUUCAUGUGGCUGUAUAAGGGCGCCCAGGUGAACGGCCUGCCGGACGACGAGCAUAACGGCCGCGUCGGCGCCCUCCGCCACGCCCAGGCCCACUUCCCCGCCUUCCGGGCCACCCACCGCCUGGAGAUCCAGCGCCUCAUCACCUCCCUCCUCUACGCCUCCAACCUCCCCGCCUCCCCCUACGACGUCCUCCUCGCCCCGGCCCCGCUCUUCGACGAGGUCACCGCCUCCUUCACGCGCGAGUUCUGCGCCCUCGUCAACCUCUCCGCCGAGUCCCCGCUCUACGUCGCCGCCACCGCCGGCGCCAUCGCCCUGCCGCGCCUCAUCAAGUACCGCGCCUACAUGAAGGCCAAGCGCACCGAGUGGACCACCGAGAACGAGCUCGCCUUCGAGACCCCGCUGCCCCGCGCCAUGAUGUACCACCCCAUCUUCGUCUGUCCCGUGUCCAAGGAGCCCAUCAUGGACCCUAGGAACCCGCCUAUGAUGCUCGCCUGCGGGCAUGUGAUCUGCAACGACUCGCUCAAUAAAAUCCGGAGGAGCACCCGUUACAAGUGUCCCUAUUGUCCUGCCGAGGGCCUCGUCUCCGAAACUCUCGUGAUUAAGCUUUGAGGGGGUGGAGGAGGAUGAGGGAACUCGGACGAUGGGGAGAUGGGAGAUGGACAUGUUUUUUCUCCUUUUCUUCCUGCUUUGGGCUUUAGUAUUAUUAUUCUUUCUUCGCGUGUUGUAUUUUAAAGAUCACGGCGUUUCAUGGGUAAUUACACGCAGUAUGACCAGGGAAUGACAGAACACAACAUAGGCAGAAGCGGUGGAAAUGGUCUUUUUCUUUUCUUUUCUUUCCCAUUUUUAAGCCCCCUUCUUCCGCCUUCCCUACCCCAGUAUAUGUCUGCCCUGGUCUCUCAGGGGCGGCAGGUCUCAACUGUUGGAACCGGAUGGUUUGGCAGAGGCCAUGUUUCUAUAGCAAUGGGAGCAAGGCGUCUCGCGAGAGAAUAACCACUACACACCAACUACCUUACCCAGUCUUGUCCUAAAUUCAAAGGCUUUAUUCACACAUUUU